AAAGACCGAAUGCUCAUUGGCCACCAAAACUGAAGUCGCCAUCCGCCAUCUUGAUACUCCCAAAACAACCAUGCCGACAUGUUCAUCGCCCAUUUUGUGGCUGUGAGAAAACAUUCCACAGUGUGCCCUGCGAUUGGCUGGCAACCAGUUCAGGGUGUACCCCACCUCCUCCCCAAUGACAGCCGGGAUAGGCUCCAGUACGCCUGCGACACUUGAAUGGAGUUAGUGUCAGAUCACAUCUGGACGCGUUGACUUCGGGAUUUUGGCGUUCGCCCGCUCAUUCAGCUCAGCUGAUCGCUUUGAAGAGUCUGACACGUGACCCCGAUAGACGACUUAACCCCCCACCCCCAUCUGGGUCACUGCCGAGCCCGACAGCGGCGUUCGACCCCGGCCCGAUGUGGAAUUCGAUCCCGACAGACCCCUUCCGAGGAGAAGCCAGUCACUAAAAAACGGACUGGGGAGGAAAGGAGGAAGAAGGAUAGAGAAGAAAGAGGAGUGAGAACAUCAGCAUACAGAGCGCUCCGCCAACAUGCCGGUGGAGACCCUGAGGCCCUCAGACGGUCGCCUGGCCGGGGCUCCGUACACCUCCGCCAUGCCCUUCAGGAUCCUCACCAAAGGACCCGACUACUUUCGCCGUCAGGCUGAGCCAGGGACCCGCAAGCUGAGCGCCGUGGAGCGUCUGGAGGCGGACAAGGCCAAGUACGUUAAGAGUCAACAGGUGGCGCUGACGCGGCAGGCUCCGGUCAAGCCGCCGAUCAUCCGCAAGCCCCUCGUACCCCCGGCCAUGAUUCUGCAGUGCCACAUGGGUGCUCCGCCAGCCCGAAAAACUCUGCGGUGCCCCACGAGCACGGACGGCGGUGGCGUGAGGGACGGAUCGGGGGGGAGACGAGGACCCCCUCUCAAUUUGGAUAUUUUGAACAACCUUAUCAACGACGUAUGCGACGGCCCAUUGCCCUCCUCCCAGUCGUCGUCCUCCACCUCGCCCUCAUCUUCAUCUCCUUCCUCGGGAGCUAAAAGCAUCGGCAGCAGCUUGUCAGCAGAGCGCGAGAAAAGCAAUCGACUCCUCAACAAACUCAAACCACGGAGCACCACCGCCUCCUCAUCCACCUCGUCCUGCACGUCCUCUCCACUCAACCCCAGCCACCUUCCCCCGCCUGUCCCAGCACGGGCGCCCCGAAUCUUUGUCCCUUCGACUUACGUCUCUCCUCAUACCGUCACGGUACGCCGGGUGGAUGUUCGACCCCACGCAGAAAUUAGAAAGCCCCAGAGGCCCCCACUCAGGCCCCGACAAACUGCCCAGGGUCAAGUAGCACACCUGCAGGUCCACCCACCACCUCCGCCAGCGCCCCACAACCCACCUCAGCCCCCAUCCAACACCACCACACGAACCACACCCUCGCCCCCUUCUUACCUGCCGCCCAGUCCCAUGCUGGUCCGUGCGGGGAUGAUCCCGCCUGCUUCCCCUGCCUUCACCCGCCUGUCCAACGCCAGCUCCAAGGGUUCUGCCCGGAAGCACCCGUCAUUGCACCGCUCCAAGUCGGACCUGAGCGACCGCUAUUCCCGGGCCACGGCCGACCUGGAGCGCUUCUUCAACUACUGCGGGCUGGAUCCCGACGAGGUGGAGGGCAUGGGCGGAGUGGAGCGCUUCACCAGGGCCAACUCGGACAUCGUGUCCAUCUCCAAACUCCGCAGCGUCAGCACCCCCAGUUCGGAGUGCGGCGACGAAGCCGAGAGGGGCCGGGAGGACUACGAGGACGACGACGACGAGGACGGGCCCGGCCGAGGCAACGAGCGCGUCCCCUACGGCAUCUCCGUCAUCGAGAGGAACGCCCGAGUCAUCAAGUGGCUCUACGGCAUCAGACAGGCAAGAGAUGCUAACGGCGCCGUUUCAAACGUAUAGACAAGGACUCCACUUAUUUUUGUAUUUAUACGAAGAAGGGAAGCCAGUCUUUUCAUCUUUUGUGGCCUUACGUCCAACAUUGUCAAGUCUCUGCAAUGAGGACUCGCACUUCAUGUUUGGAGACUUUUGAGGAAGUUGCAACAUGCCGUUAAAGUCAGCUUCCCCCUUCUCUUUAACUUGAACAAUGUUUCGUCGUAUCUGCAAGCAAUAAUAGACUGACGAGUGGUACUGUGUGAAUGUGCGUGUCUCGUGGAGAACCUCGCUGAUGCUGUGAAAAGUCACAAAAGAAAGCUCCCAUUAACACAUUUUGUAUUUGUCAAAAUCACCACUGGCUGCAAGACUGUUAUUGUACUUGUUUCUGCUGGCAUGCGAGUGUAAUGUUUGUGUAAAUUUGGCACUUUAUGUCAACAAAGCACGCAUGCACUACAUACCUUUGUUGCACCAACACAUAUUUUUCAAGACAGCAUCGAUAUCAUACCAGUGUACAUUUGUGUAAAUGCGUGUGACACACACACACGCACGCUCCCUCCUCCUAGGGACAAAACCGUAUGAUAAAUCAUGUUGACUGCACGUGUCCCAGCACAAAGCUAGCAAAUGAAGAAGUAGCUUUCCACACGCAAACGGGUCCGAGCACAAGUGGGCUAUUUAGCGCCAGCGAAAGCUUUUUAUGCAGCCUGCUACGCAAUUAUAAAAACAAAUAAAACCUCAUGAGAACUCUUGUAAAAAGCCCCACGUCAUUUUAGCCACAAUUAUUCAUAAAACUCGACAAGGUUCCACUCAGAUUUUAUAAUUUUUCCAAAAUCUCUCAAAGGAAUUGAGCUCGCCCCUGUUAUAUGUAGACAAAAUAGUAUUUGGCACAUGACCACAAAUGGACCAAUAUUUAUUUAAUGUAUUUUCUCCACCACUCGUACAACACGGUACAAAUGCAUGUCCAGAAUUUAAUCUGAAGUGCAAUCAAAUCAUAUUCACCACAAAAAUUAUGUAGGAUGACACGGACUCUCUCUCUCACACACACACACACACACACAUACAUGCAAAUACAGUUGACGUGUAGGAGCAGGUGAUGGGGAAAAUGACAUCGAGGGGGGAGGGGGGGUGUUUACAUGAUACCACAAAUUUUUGCAGUUUUUUUUCUCGGGACAUUCCUCUUUUUAGCUGUCAUAUGACACAGGUGUGACAGUAGUCUAGAAAUGCGGAUGCCCAAAGAGUGCUGAGGUCCGAAAGGCUAGAAAAUGGAGUCUUUGAAACUAAAA